AUGGCGUCCAGGGAUAACGACGUGCAGCAGCAGCCUGGACAACUAAAAAAUGCGCUGUACCUGCAGCCGAAGGUCGCCUCUGGAGUGCAUGCACCUAAGGCAGCGAAGAAGUAUGCCCAGGCGCAAGCAGCGGCGCAAAUGUCCGCCACGCGGUCCUUGGCCCCGCUAGAGGCUACUGCUGGCUUUGAGAAAGCACAGCAGAUUAGGAGCACGCUAAAUGCCCUGGGCGCGAAGAAGGCACCGGUACUGGAAAAACUUAAGCAGACGCCACAGUCUCCGAAGACGGAUGUUCCCCCGCUUGAUAAACCACUCCCAGCAGUGGCGCCGCCACUGCGCGGCUCAGGUCGCAGACGUGAUGACGGGAACAUGGCAGCCUCGCCCCCCCGACCACCUGUCACAGCAUCCGACAUGGUCAGCCGGGCGCGAGGCGAAAACGGGAAUGGCCACGCAGCGCGCCUUCCGAACAAGCAAGAGCUUGGAGAGGGCUUGCCUUACGUCAA